CUACAUACUAUUUAUCAAAUAGUUAUCUGACCGGUUAUCAAUUGCAUCACAAGAUAAACGCAAGCUACAUCUAAAUGAUUGCCAAAAUUUGUUCUUAUGUAUGCGAGAACGUGUCCAUCCAGUCCAGUAUGAAAGUUACGUCGCGAGUGAAACGUGUCGUUCAGUUCUCGCGAUGGAGUAUCUGUGGCAUGCAUUGCAAUGUGUCCUCGUAAUUGUCGGCUUCACUCUCGCCGCUCUAAUUUACCGUCAGUACACUUAUUGGAAGAAACGUGGGAUCCCAUACAUGGAAGUGAUACCACUUAUUGGAAAUCAGGCGCCGAUCUUCUUCAAACUGAAAACUUUUCCCGAGCUUAUACUGGACAUGUAUAACCGAUAUCCCAAUGCAAGAUUCUUUGGUCUGAUGGAUUUUAAUACGCCCCUCGUCUUCAUUAAGGACCCCCAAUUGAUUCGCGACAUUGGCGUGAAGAAUUUCGAUAAUUUUCCGGAUCAUAUAAGCUUCGUCGAUGAGACGGUGGACAAGCUUUUUGGAAAGAAUAUACUUUCUCUUCGCGGUGAACGCUGGAAGGAAGUGAGGACGAUGCUGACUCCCAGCUUUACUGCCAGCAAGAUGAAGUUCAUGUUCGAAUUGAUUUCCAAGACUUCCAAGGAUUUCGUCACAUAUCUACUCGAGCAUCCGGAAGAGACAAAGUCCAUCGAGACGAAAGAUGCCUUCACGCGAUACACGAACGACGUGAUCGCCACUGCAGCUUUUGGCAUAAGCGUUAAUUCGAUGCGUGAAAAAAAAAAUGACUUCUAUGUCAACGGAAUGGAGGCAACUAAUUUUGAGGGAAUCUGGAAAACUAUGAAGUUUGUUAUGUUUCGUAUAUGUCCGAGUAUUUUACGAUUGACGGGUGAAGGCUUGAUAUCGCGCGACACGGCAACAUUUUUUAGGACCCUUAUCCAAGAUGCUGUUAAGGCUAGAGACGAAAAGGGAAUCGUCAGACCGGAUAUGAUUCACUUGCUGAUGCAGGCCAGAGAUAACGAACGUAUAACAUUGUCCACAGACGACAUCGUGGCUCAAGCUUUUAUAUUCUUUGUGGCUGGUUUCGAUACUUCCUCGACUUUGAUGUGUUACAUGCUUCAUGAGUUGGUGCUCAAUCCUGACGUCCAGCAAAAGCUUCGCGAAGAGGUUGAUCAGGUGACUUCUGGUGCCGAGGACGAGGUCACCUAUGAGAUGUUACAGAAGAUGAAGUACAUGGACAUGGUCAUCUCUGAAACUCUACGAAAACAUCCUCCAUUUCCUGUCACCGAUCGUGUCUGUGUUAAGAGUUUUAAGCUUCCGCAGUCGAUGCCAGGGUACAGUGAUGUCACAGUUGAGAAGGGCUCUGCCGUGUGGUUUCCAGUGCACGCUCUUCACUAUGACCCACAAUAUUUUCCGGAUCCAUAUAAAUUUGAUCCUGAAAGAUUUAAUGACGAGAAUAAGGACAAAAUUGUGCCUUACACUUAUUUGCCCUUCGGACUGGGCCCUCGAAUGUGUAUUGGAAAUAGAUUCGCGUUAAUGGAGACGAAAAUUAUCAUGACACAUUUGGUGCAAAACUUUCUGGUUGAACGAACGGAAAAGACUGUCGAUCCGAAUAAGUUUACUUUACAAAGUUUUAGUAUUACACCGAAAGAAGGUUUUUGGCUUCGGUUAAAGCCACGAAAAAUUUAGGAUCGGUUUGCUUCUAGUUUAAUUAUUAUCUUUUUUAUUUAACAAUUCGAAAAGCUAGCAAUCGUAUUAUUCAGCAUAUUUCUUAGACGCCCAAGUGAUGGUGUUACUUAAGGCAGGAUUCUGCUUUCGGUGCUCGAAAAAUAAGGCUAUUUUUAUGAAAUUUUUAUGAGAUAAUGAAUGAACAUAUUGAUGUAUGGUUUGUUAGGCUUAAUAAAUACUCUCUGAAAAUACAUUAAAAAA